AUGAGACCUCUCUGCGUAAUUCUAGUACUUGUACCAACAGUUGCCGUAUAUGCAGUGGAACUUACCUGGCACCAGUGGGUUACCAACGCAAUCUCAUUAACAAACACCCAAUCAGCUAUGCUCAUGACAGCAGCCGUAGCUCAAUGGACCACAAAUUUAGAGCCGGUAUGGGGGAGCUGCUGGAGUCAAUGGCUGAAUAAAGAACAGUCCGGAUAUUAUUGUGCCGCUUCUAUCCGUACACUUAUCAUUAAGACGGCGAUUGAACUUGCUGCAUUGGGUAAAAUUACAGAAUGGUGGAAGAGAGAUAUGCAAGGCCUGCAAGAACCGAGAAUCAUUGGUGGGGUGGUUUUUGCGCCUGUAACUGAUUUCACCACUACUUUGGAAAAGAGAGACGGCAGCGGGACAUUGCAAUUUGAUCAUGGAAACUCUACAUUCGUCUAUAGCGCUCGCAGCGUAUACAACUUAACUAGCGGUCUGGACCAACUGGCAAUAGUCGAAAUGGAUGGGCAUCGCUCGAAUAUUAGUGCGAAUGCCGCCCUGCCUGUGCUAGCGGUUCUGAUGUCUAGCAAUGGCGAGUGGGAAAUAGCACCCAUGACCAAGGACACCUCUAAAGUGGCGGAGCAUGACGGAUUAUCGUCAGACUAUUAUGUCAACGGUGCGGGAUCAGUGAUAUUAGAGUGCCAGUAUGGAGGUGGAGUCACCGCAGCCGAAUUUGAGGACCAGCUUGGUAUAUAUGAUGAUGUCUUAGGUUUGGAGGAAGAUUGCUUGACACAAUUGCAAUACAACGCCCUUCCCGGGUAUAAUAGCAGUGAUUCCCCUGUGAAAUGCGCGUAUAAAGUUUAUAAUUAG